GGAACCCAUGCAAGUGUGGUGACAUAGGGUAUCCACGAGCCACGCCAAUAUAUGCUGAAGAAAGAGUUGAUGGGGGCUCAGGUGGCACGGCUUGCCAUACGGUAUGUAUUGCCUCCUGGCAAUUCGGAUUACGCUCUACUUACCGAAGGGCACGAUCUUCCAAUGCGUACCAUCACUUGCCGAAGGAUUGAGAGACACUUCCGCCGUUCGGCUCAUGGUCUCCUCCCGGUAUCGUUCUGUGGGAUUUUUACUGCAUCGAAGCAGAAUGUAUGGAUUCUAUUGAUUGCUUAUCCCGUAGGGCCAUAUAUCUGGAUCGUCAGAGCCUCAAAUGGCUUUUUAAUUGACUUUUAUCUCCUUUAGAUCAUUCAGCAUCCGGAUUGCAGAUAUGUAUCUACAUACUUCUGUUGCAGUACAGGAGGGCCAAGGGGAGCAGUUCUGUGCUGGUCUGAUUUGAUGUAGGCCCUGUUUCGUCCUGAAAUUCUACCAAUAACGAGGCAAGCGAUUGUAUUUCAUGAUUCCAUUACCUGGAUGUAUUGUAUGGCAUGAUCCGACUCUGCUUGAUGGGCCAAGCCUUCUAUACCCAAUUCACUGGACGAGAACGUGGUUGAUUGCUUCCCAAGAGAAAGAGAGAGAAGGGAGGUGGGGGGAAAAAAAA